AUGAACUGUUUGAAGAAAUGCACGACAUUUAAGUAUAUCAUGGUACCAAUCAACACUGGCAACCACUGGAUCAUUUUGGUAGCCAAACCAAAAACAAAAAUAGUUUCAGUUUUAAAUUCACUUUCUUCGAAGAGUUACGCGGAGGCUUUAAUGAUGGGCGUUCAUCCUAUAAUUAUGAGACAGCAACAUGUACCAAUGUACAGAAAAUAUAUUGCUGGGGCAUUAGUAUAUGUUGCAACAAACACGUUUUAA